UCGGCCGGCGGUCCAGAGCGCAGGAGGGUAGAGGGCCUCAGUUCCACGUCGGCCUCAGCAGUCGGGACGCACACGCUCUGCGUCAUGGCGGGCUGAGGCCGAUGAUGAAUUCCGGUGUGCAUGUCAGGGUUGCUGUGUCACUCGGCCCGCUUGACGCGCCCCUUCCCUUCCCUGCCGCCCUUCCGCACCGGCUCUUGGCUCUUCCGGUCUCCCGCCGCCCCUCACCUGCAGGCCCCUCUCCCACCGCGGUCCGGCCUCCUCUGCGGACUGAUCGCGCGCGGUGCCCGGGCACCGGGCGCCGGACGAGCAAGGGCCAUGGCGAGCAGCGCCGCCAGGUAUCGGCUGAGCUGCUCGCUCUCAGGCCACGAGCUGGACGUGCGGGGCCUGGUGUGCUGCCUCUAUCCUCCGGGGGCCUUUGUGUCCGUGUCCCGAGACCGCACCACCCGCCUCUGGGUCCCGGAUAGUCCUAACAGGGGUUUUACAGAAAUGCACUGUAUGAGUGGCCACUCCAAUUUCGUAUCUUGCGUGUGCAUCAUACCUUCAAGUGACGUAUACCCUCAUGGACUAAUUGCCACUGGAGGAAAUGACCACAACAUUUGCAUUUUCUCACUGGAGAGUCCAGCACCACUUUAUAUACUAAAAGGUCACAAAAAUACUGUUUGUAGUCUUUCAUCUGGAAAAUUUGGGACGUUACUGAGUGGCUCAUGGGACACUACUGCUAAAGUCUGGCUGAAUGACAAAUGCAUGAUGACCUUACAGGGUCAUACAGCUGCAGUCUGGGCAGUAAAGAUCUUACCUGAACAGGGCUUAAUGUUAACUGGAUCCGCAGACAAGACUAUUAAACUGUGGAAAGCUGGAAGAUGUGAGCGGACUUUUUCAGGGCAUGAAGACUGUGUAAGAGGUUUGGCAAUUUUGAGUGAAACAGAAUUUCUUUCCUGUGCAAAUGAUGCCAGUAUUAGAAGGUGGCAAAUCACUGGCGAGUGUCUUGAAGUAUAUUAUGGACACACAAAUUAUAUUUAUAGCAUAUCUGUCUUUCCAAAUUGUAAAGGUUUUUGGUAUACUUCAGCUUCUCCUUUGUUUGCCUGCACAGGUGGUGGUCGAUAUGUUCCAGGCUCUUCGUUGGGGUCUUCUAACGCACUGCCUGCAGCAGAUCCUUUUACAGGUGGUGGUCGUUAUGUGCCAGGGUCUGCGAGUAUGGGAACUACCAUAGCUGGAGUAGACCCAUUUACAGGGAACAGUGCCUACCGAUCAGCUGCACCUAAGACAGUGAAUAUUUAUUUCCCUAAAAAAGAGGCUGUCACUUUUGACCAAGCAAACCCUACACAAAUAUUAGGUAAACUGAAAGAACUUAAUGGAACUGCACCUGAAGAGAAGAAGUUAACUGAGGAUGACCUGAUACUUCUUGAAAAGAUACUGUCUCUAAUAUGUAAUAGUUCUUCAGAAAAACCCACAGCCCAUCAACUUCAGAUUUUGUGGAAAGCUAUUAACUGGCCUGAAGAUAUUGUCUUUCCUGCGCUUGAUAUUCUUCGGCUCUCCAUUAAACAUCCCAGUGUGAAUGAGAACUUCUGCAGUGAGAAGGAAGGGGAUCAGUUCAGCAGUCAUCUUAUCAGUCUUCUGAAUCCUAAAGGAAAGCCAGCAAACCAGCUGCUUGCCCUGAGGACUUUUUGCAAUUGUUUUGUUGGCCAGGCAGGACAAAAGCUCAUGAUGUCCCAGAGGGAAUCACUAAUGUCCCAUGCAAUAGAACUGAAAUCAGGGAGCAAUAAGAAUAUCCACAUUGCUCUGGCUACACUGACCCUGAACUAUUCGGUUUAUUUUCAUAAAGACCAUAACAUUGAAGGGAAAGCUCAAUGCUUGUCAGUAAUUAGCACAGUCUUGGAAGUCGUGCAAGACCUGGAAGCCACUUUUAGACUUCUUGUGGCUCUUGGAACACUGAUCAGCAAUGAUUUAAACGCUGUACAAUUAGCCAAGUCUUUAGGCAUUGAUUCUCAAAUAAAAAAGUAUGCCUCAGUAUCAGAACCAGCUAAAGUAAGUGAAUGCUGUAGACUUAUUCUAAACUUGUUGUAAAAAUGGGGAAGGGGCUCAGAUUUUAAAUUGAUUAGUGUUUUUUUUUUCCUCUCACAUUUCACAUGUCUGAUUACAGAUGAUUAAAAAAAAAGAAUGCUGUGGAUUAAGUAAAAUUUCAGAUCUUGUAAAGUGGGGGAGAAGGGGAAACAGGAGAAAUAAAAUUUUUGCACUGGUUAA